AUGCAUACCAAUAACUUUCUCCUCCGCUGGGCUGCCACGCUCUUGGCCUCUACCACUGCUGUAUACGCCGCCCCCGCGCAGCAUUACCCGACACUGCAUCCAAGAGCCGACUUCAACAUCCUCGUCGGCGGCAACGUCUCCCUUCGCAUCAUGCCCCUCGGCGCCUCAAUCACAUACGGCUUGAAAUCUACAGACGGAAACGGCUACCGACUGGCGCUGCGCAACCUGUUAGUCGCCGACGGGAACCCGGUAGACAUGGUGGGCUCCCACCCCAACGGCACCAUGGAGGACAACGACAACGAGGGAUGGUCGGGUUUCCGCAUCGAGGAGGUCUUGGAGAAGGCCAAGAUAUCUGUACCUACGACGCUGCCGAACCUCGUCCUCAUCAACGCUGGCACGAAUGACUGCGCACAAUCCUUCGACACCGACAACGCCCACGUCCGGAUGCUCGAGAUGCUCGAAUACAUCUGGGACACCUCUAAGAGGGCAUCGAUUGUUCUGUCCACGCUCCUCCCCAACGGAAACAGCACCACCGAAGCCUGCGUCCUCCAGGUCAACGAGCAGUACAAGACGCUCAUUGAGGAGCAGCAAGCCUUGUCUAAGAAGAUCGUUCUUGCUGACAUGCACUCCGACAAGGGGCCUCUGAUGGGCGACCUCGUCGACGGCACUCACCCGAGCGAUGCGGGUUACGUCAAAAUGGCCAACGUCUGGUUCGCGAGCAUCAAGGACGCUGCGUCGCGCGGCUGGCUGGAGUCUCCCCAGGCGCUGCCAGAAAGCAAGAGUUCGGAUUGA